CUUCUCCCCUACUCUUCGGCGUUGAGAUUCAAACCAGGAAGGGAAACGGCAGGCCAUCCGCAGAGAGCGCUGGAAGCAUACAGCAGUUGGUUUACCCUUACAAUCUUCAUGUUGCACCAGUUACAAGACCGCGAAUCACACGGCGGGCUGACCUGCUGACACUGGUGUCAGACAAUGUGGGAGGUUUAAAUAAUAGCCAGCUGACAGCCGCCGUCGUUGAGCCUGUCAGAUGGUGUAACGUUAACGUUAUUCAACCGGAGGUGGGAAAGCACAGUUUCCACUGAUGGCGAUGUUUCUGCAUUUAAUACAUUAGCCAACAUUUUAAAAUUAAAUGCAUAGUCGAGCAGCAUUAGUCUCUGCAUGAUUACAGCGCCUCUUCUGUUUCUUCAAAUCGGCGAAAACUAGCCACAACUACGAUUGGUUAGUUGAUUUAUUUCCUUCGAAACAACCCUCGGAACGAAUUACACUUUACUUUAAACGCACUGGACAACGUGUAGACGUUAAGAUUUCCCAUGCAAAUUAGAGGACUAGCUAGAUACUUUACUGGACCACAGGAACUAUACGUUACACAGCGAAGAGUACUUUUAUUGGAAAAGUAAAACUUAAUUUUAGUGUAGUAUACCCGUUGCGCAAUUGAAUAAUUCGCAUUUCUAAAAAAAAAAAUAGGCCGGUGAUGAUUUACUUGGACGCGGACUGUGAAAAACUACCGGAAGUACUAGCUAAGUGCCAUUGUGUGUAGCGUUAGCUUGACCAUGGCCAUCGGGCCACGGUAAUCUGAUCGCAGAUCUCUAUCCUGUCCGUCCGGUUCAUCCACCUUCUUAACUCCGUGAUCAUGGAGCUCGCGCAGUGUUCCUACAGCAGACGCGCCACCCCGUCUCUCCGUUUCAGCUCACCGUCUACAGCCGCCGGAGCGGGCAGGUAGCCGGGCGGGGGGUCCAGCGGCAUGCCGUCUGAUGUGGAAUACAGCCCGGUGGGAGAGGGGCUGGGGAUGCGGGACUACUGGCUCUAUGUGUGGCUCCGGAGGGCGGCGGUGAUAGCGGCUCAUGUCACCGGCCUGGGCCUGACCCUCAUCAUCACCCUGCUGUCCAGACCCGGAACCAGUCUGUUUUCUUGGCAUCCAGUGUGUAUGUCUGUUGCAUACUGCCUGUGUAUGAUGGAAGGCAUCCUCCUCUUCUCGGCUGAAGGAUCGCCCUGUUGCUUCAAAUCCCGGAAGGGUAAAGUGCGUCUGCACUGGUUCUUUCAGGCUCUAGCCCUGAUAGCGGCGGCCGCCGGGCUGGGCUUCAUGGUGGCCAGCAAGAACGUGUCGGAGCUCCCCCACCUGCUCAGCUGGCACAGCGUGCUGGGCGUCUGCACCCUGGCCGCCACCGCGCUUCAGGCGGCGUGCGGCGUCUGCGUGAUCUUCCCUCAGCUGCUGCGGCUGUCCUCUCCUCCGCUCAGGCUGAAGCUGUACCACGCCACCUGUGGCCUGGUGGUGUACCUGCUGGCCACAGUGACCGUGGUGUUGGCCAUGUUCUCCGACUGGUUCCAGGCCACGGUGAAAGGGACAGCCUGGUGGGCCUUCCUCCUGCUGCCUCUCUUCCCCGCCCUGGUGGUGAUGAACCAGAUCACUAAUUCCUACCUGCCCCGCAAGAAGAUCACCAGAUAGGAGGCACAUAGCACGUAGUUUAUAUCCACGACGUUCCACUUCAGGGAUUGCUCCGUCAGAAAAUCUGCUGGAUGUCCCUCUUUUAGGCCGGAUACAUGUCACCUUCC